AUGCCCCUUUCCUCUUUUGAUGUAUGCAUUGUCUGGCAUCACAACGCAUUGUCUGGCAUCACAAGGCAUUGUCUGGCAUCACAAGGCAUUGUCUGGCAUCACAAGGCAUUGUCUGGCAUCAAAAGGCAUUGUCUGGCAUCACAAGGCAUUUUACCUUUCAUGUACUUAUCAUUGUUGAUGAUAGAAAAAAAAACAUCUUCUAAAAAUUCAUUCAGGGCCUGCCAUAGUCUGAUGGUGCAACAGUUACUAAAGAAGAUGGAGGAUGUUCACAAGAUGUGUGAGAAGCGAAUGGAAAGCUUGAGGCAGAUUGUCGAUCCUAGAUCCCAGGCAAAUGCUUUACACGAGCAGAUAGAGGAGGGGUCAAAGGCAAACAAAGAUUUUACAGAUGGGAGUCAGAGAAAGAAGUCAGAAGAUGACAAGAAGCCAACAAAUUUACUGGAGAAGAGUGUGCGGUACCGCCCAGACAACCAUCAUCAGCCAAGCCAGCAAAAAUCAAGGUCUGCCUCAAGUCCAACCAUCUCACGACCAUUUGAAAGUGCCAGCGAUUUUACUGCUUCCAUUCCACAGCAGAAUCAUCGUUCAACAUCCAUUGGAUCUUCAGUCAUCACUGAAAACCACCAGAGUAGCCUGCCCUUAUCAUCAGCCUCCUUGACUGAAGCUGAGGCUCUUUUGGCCAUGAGAAAGCGUGUCAUGAAUGAGCUAACAGAGACAGAGAUUGCCUAUGUCAAUGAACUACAACAGAUUAUUGAGGAGUACUAUAAAAAGAUGGAUGACAGAUCUAUGCAGAUGAUGAUUCCGCCUGCUCUUUUAGGCAAGAAACACGUUUUGUUUGGAAACUUGGAGGACAUUUAUCAUUUUCAUAAAGAUGUAUUUUUGCAAGAACUGAAAGACUGCAGGGACUGUCCUUCAAGAGUGGGCAAAUGCUUUGUGAACAGGAAAGAAGAGUUCCAGAUGUACAGCAUUUACUGUCAAAACAAGCCAAAGUCUGAAGCAUUGAGAAUGACUGUGGAUGACAAUAAUGCUUUUUUCAAGGAGUGCCAGAAAAGUCUGGGUCAUAAACUUCCACUGGGAGCCUAUCUUCUGAAGCCCAUACAGAGAAUCACUAAGUACCAGUUGUUGCUUAAGGAAAUGCUAAAGUUCACAAGUGAUAACCCUGAAAUGACUGUUGCCUUGCAAGAAGCACUGGACACAAUGUUGUCAGUUCUAACUUUCCUGAACGACAGCAUGCACCAGGUCUCCAUUACAGGAUACACUGAAAAUUUGUCCAACUUGGGCUUGCUUCUCAUGCAUGGCUCCUUCCGGGUGUGGACAGAGCAUAAACAUGAAAGGAUACGAGACUUGAGGCUACGGCCGAUGCAGCGCCAUCUAUUUCUGUACCAGAGGGCACUUUUGCUGUGCAAAAAGAAAGAUGAGCAGCAUGGGAGUAAUGAGCAUCCAUGCUACACCUUUAAAAAUAAAUUAAAUCUCUCUCAGGUCGGGCUAACAGAGAAGAUCAAGUCGGAUCAGAGAAAGUUUGAACUGUGGUUGCGAGGAAGGGAAGAAGUCUACAUCAUUCAGGCCCCAGAUCUGCAAACAAAAGAUGUGUGGGUCACAGAAAUCAAGAAAGUUCUUAAAAGCCAGUUUGACCACAUAAAAGGUAACCCAUUCUUGAUAAAUCCUGGCCAUUGUCGAAACUCAACAAUAUCACCAGGCAGCAAGCUAACAAGGUUAAAACUUCUUUUUUGCUGCUGCCAUUACAGUCUAGACAGCUGGAAAACUAAUGAUGCAGACAGACACUCAACUGUGCCAAGUGGUAUGGAGAUGUGUUCACCUCUAAUAACUCCAACCUCACCUCCGUAUCAAAACACCAGAGGGAACUUGGAGGAGGAUAGAGAGGAAAAUGAAGACAACGAUGGGGGUUGGUCUUCAGGAGAGUUUUCCAACAGUGAUGAGGAAAGUUAUGUACAAAAUAUCCCAACAAUUGAGCCAUCUUACAAAGAACAUUUUGUAUCCUUGGGGGACUACUUUGUGGUAGAUCCAACAGAACUGGGAUUAUCAGAAGGUGAUGAAGUUGAGGUGAUGCGAGUGGGAACAAAUGGUUGGUGGUAUGCACGUCACCUGCGUACAGACCAGGAGGGAUGGGUGCCAUCUACUUUCUUGGAACCUGUAUCUAGAGCCCCAUCUUUGUAUUCUAGUUCGGACUCCCUCUGUGUGGCAGGUGCCAGAAGUGAGAUGACCAGGACCUCCAGCAGUUCUUACUUCCGGACAAACAGCCCUGUCCCAGAAACCACAGUAUAG